AUGGGGCCUUUCUGGGAGAGAAAGGGUGCCACCUCCUGGACGGCGGCAGCGGCGGCGCGAGGAGCCGGCGGGCGGCAGCGCGAUGGGACCCCUUCGGGAGACCAAGACGCUGAGCCCAGAAGGAACAGACUGGAGUUCAGAGUGGGCAACAAGUGUCCUUUUGUUUUCUCUCUGAUGUCCGAUUUGGAGAAGGAGCUGAGAGUACAGCAUCAUGAGAAGGAGAUUGCCCGAAGCCGGAUUCCCCGCUUGAUUCUUCGGCCCCAUCUGCCUCAACAGCAGCACAAGGUGUCCCCAGCUUCUGAGUCUCCCUUCUCGGAGGAAGAGAGCAAAGAGUUCAACCCCAGCAGCUCUGGGCGCUCAGCGAGGACCGUGAGCAGCAACAGCUUCUGCUCAGAUGACACAGGCUGCCCUAGUAGCCAGUCAGUAUCGCCUGUGAAGACGCCCUCCGAUGCUGGGAACAGCCCCAUUGGCUUUUGCCCUGGAAGUGAUGAAGACUUUACCAGAAAGAAGUGCACAAUUGGAAUGGUUGGUGAGGGAAGCCUCCAGUCAGCGCGACACAAGAAGGAACCGAAGUCAGGCCUUGUAAAGCCAGGUAAUGAAGCCGAUUUUAGCUCUUCGAGCAGCACCGGCAGCAUCUCGGCUCCUGAGGUCCCCAUGUCUGCCGCCGGGAGCAAGCGGUCCUCUUUCUCACGCAAUCGAGGUCCCCACGGGCGGAGCAAUGGAGCUUCGUCCUACAAGUCUGGCAACAGCCCACCGUCCCCGCGGGAGAAGGACCUUCUGGCCAUGCUUUGCAGGAACCAGCUGAGUCCCGUGAACAUCCACCCCAGUUAUGCGCCUUCUUCCCCCAGCAGCAGCAACUCCGGCUCCUAUAAAGGAAGUGACUGUAGUCCUGUCAUGAGGCGGUCCGGAAGGUACAUGUCCUGUGGUGAAAACCAUGGCGUCAAACCCCCAAAUCCAGAGCAGUACUUGACACCUCUGCAGCAGAAAGAGGUUACGGUGCGACACCUGAAGACCAAGCUCAAGGAGUCUGAGCGCCGACUGCAUGAGAGGGAGAGUGAGAUCGUGGAGCUGAAGUCCCAGCUGGCCCGAAUGCGCGAGGACUGGAUCGAGGAAGAGUGCCACCGGGUGGAGGCCCAGCUGGCCCUCAAGGAGGCCCGGAAGGAGAUCAAGCAGCUCAAACAGGUCAUCGAAACGAUGCGGAGCAGCCUGGCCGAUAAAGACAAAGGCAUUCAGAAAUAUUUUGUGGACAUCAACAUUCAGAACAAGAAGCUGGAGUCGCUCCUCCAGAGCAUGGAGAUGGCGCACAGCGGCUCGCUGAGGGACGAGCUGUGCCUCGACUUCCCCUGUGAGUCCCCGGAGAAGGGCUUGGUCCUCGGCGCGGCCUUGGGGCCGACGGAGGAUGCUCUGUCCUCGGAGGAGCCGGCCACGGAGGAACGGGCCGACAGCGAGCUGCUGGGGGCAGACGGCGCGGCCCCCGUCGAGGAUGUGUUGGAGGAGCUGGUGACAGGCACCAUCCCGGAGCCGGAGCUGCCAGGCGCCGAGGUCGUGGCACUGGGCGGCGAGGCAGCGGCGGUGGGCCGCGGAGGGCGCCGCGCGGUGGCGGAGCGGGCGGUGCAGACCGACGUGGUGCCCUACAGCCCGGCCUUCUCCGAGCUCCUCCGGCACGUGCUCCGGCUGCAGGACCCCUGUCCCUCCUCCAGCGCCGCGACCCCCGACGAGGAGUCCGGGGACGACUCGACCGAUAGCUUCCCGGAGCCCAUCUCCGCCUUCGUGGUCGAUUUAACUCCCCGGAAUCCCAACUCGGCCAUCCUUUUGUCUCCUGUGGAGACCCCGUCCCCCACGGCCGGUCCCGAGGCGCGUGGGAACCGCCUCAUGAGAGAGCUGGAUUUUGCAGGCUCAGAAGCAGCGGCGGCGGAGGAGGUGAGGCCAGACGGCCCGGGCCCACUGGCCCGCGCGGGGGGCAUCGCCGGGCGCUACUGGAGCCGCAGCUUCCUGGUGGAUCUGCUGGCCGUGGGGGCCCCCGUGGUCCCCACCGUGCUGUGGGCGUUCAGUACUCAGAGGGGGGGCACGGAUCCCCUGUACAACAUCGGGGCCCUGCUGCGGGGCUGCUGCGUGGUGGCCCUGCACUCGCUCCGCCGCACCACCGAGCACAUCAAAACCUAA